AUGACAGCGAGAAUUUUUGCUCCAAUCACUAACAGAUUUCGAAGGAAGGCGGAAGGUCGCAAACGCCUGCUGGAAAACGACCUUGGCUUGCUUUUGCAGGAGGAUUUCCUCCAGGAACCAAUCGAAGACAAUCACACUUUAUUGGAAGAAACAGAACAAACACUUGAAACAGGCCAUAGGAAUUCCCUUAGUUCAGACACGAGGGAUAAUCAUGCUGUAAAACAUCUCGAGGAUUCAGAUAGUGGCGGCUUCAAAAUUACUACGAGAGAGAGGGCACCUGCAAAGAAAAGGCUGCGGGCUUUUGUCGGGAUUAUUUUAGCCCUGACGUCGGCUUUCUUUUUCACAUCAGGUGCGUUGAUGGUCAAGCUCGCCGAAAGCGUCUCAAGCGUACAGGUUUCUUUCAUGCGUUUGACGAUACAGUUAACUUGUAUACUCCCAACAAUGAUUUUCUACAAGGACAACUUCAUUUUUCCGUGGAGUAAAACCAAAUUUUUAGUCCUCCGGGGAACGGUCGGAGUCACAGCUAUGACAAUGAGUAUUUACGCAAUAAAGCACAUGCCUCUUGCAGAUGCUAGAGUGAUAUUUUACACAUCACCUGUUCAUACCGCUAUCAUUGCGCGGAUCUUCCUCAAAGAGUCCGUUAGCAAGUUUGACGUGGCAGCUAUGAUACUGAGUAUAGGAGGGGUGGUGCUGAUCGCAAGGCCUACUUUUCUGUUCGGAUCUCAGGGAGAACACUCUACCUCUAUACAAGCGUGGAUACCUACUCUUCUCGCUGUUUUGGCUGCGCUUGGUGCUGCUGUUACUGCCACUGUUACAAGGAAAAUGUCGCAAGAAGUGAGCAUCAGGGUAGUGAUAUUUUACUUUUUUCUUAUUGGAUCAGUCUUGACGCUUGCUUUAUCAAUGGCUUUAGGAUUUAAAUACCCAGACUGUGGCUCCUAUGAUACCAUUUACAUCAUUGUGGCUGCAUUUUGUGGAUUUUGCGGACAGUUACUUGCAACAAAGGCUUUAUCUAUGGAAAAAGCAUCAGUUGUUUCAUUGGUGCGUACAAUUGGAAUUGCGUACUCCUUUAUUUUUCAAAUAACUAUCCUGGAUGAUGCUCCAAGUGGAUUAAGUAUUGGUGGAGCAAUUCUUGUCUUGCUUUGUAAUGUUUGUAUUUUCUUAAAAAAAUUUUUGGAUGUAAAGAAGACCCAUGCAGAAGUUCCUAAACAGGAGGAGGAUACUGAACAUCAGUAAUCUUGCUAAUCUCUCAAUCACUUCUUGCCUGUCAGGCCUAGCCUGUGCACAGCCACCCCCUACCCUCCUGAUUUUCUUUUGGAGGGUAGGGGGAGGCUGUACACAGCUAGUCUGGCCAGGGUAGAAUUAAUCUUUGGUUCACUCUUCAGGGGGGCAGCUCAAAGAGAUGUAGGUGUAGGGCUUGAAUUAAUAGCCAGCCAAUGGACAUAAUCAGAAUUGGGAAUUGAGCAGGAAAUGAAAUCUUUGCAUAAUAAUUGCUAGAUGGGCUGUCUAGUCAAUUGUGCUUUUUAAAAAUUACCACGAGCAAAGUUUUUUACAAUCUCAAAAAAUAUUUUCUUUGAAACAAGGCUGAAAUUCUGUACUGAUGAUUGUCACAACUUUCCCUGAUAGCAUCAAUUUCUGCUGCUGGAAUGUGGCAUGUUGGUGUCUGAUAAGUCAAAGAACACCUGAGAUUUUGGGUUCAAAAAAAAUUCGUCGCAGAGGCAAUGCAGCAAUUGUCAGCAAAUAAUUGAUUUUGCAGGAUUCAACCAAUGCAGUUUGUUGUUCCAUCUUGCAUUCCAUGUUCUGAAAUUGAGGCUACCUUCACUAUGAAUAGGAGAAAAACUAUUAAACUGUAAUUUUCAUUGCAAACCCCACUGGAAUAUUGAGUUGGUCUUUUCAAAGAGGAAGCUUUUUUAGCAUAUGUAUGUAAGAAAUAAUGAUUUAUAAUGAUUAAAAUUUGUAUAGUGCAAAUUGUAUGUAAGCAUGAUCAAAUGCACUUUUUACGGGAAUUACAGAUAAAAGUCCAAUAUGUACAAACAAGUAAUUGGCGUUGAUAAAACUACAGAGAAAGACCUCAUUAAUAACAAAUAAAUAUUUUACAAAAUUUGGAUUCUAAACUAAUGAACUAACAGAUUAAAAGCAUUUUUAAGAAGGUAAAACUUAAGAUAUGUUUAAAAGAAGGUUAAGAUUUAAGGCCAGUUCAGUAUUUUAGCAUCAUGCAAUCUGGGAUCGUUGUUGCAAGUGUUUAAAAUUGUCCAAAUUUGACAUGCCAAAUGGGGUCAUGUCAGAGCAAACAUAAGCAUGUUGGAUGGAAUUACAUAACUAGCCCUUGCUUCUUAAUUAUUUCAAUCACUGCAAGUUAUUUGAGCCUCAAUUCAACCUUAGUGGCUCAUUCUGUGUGAGCUUAUCUCAGUUUCCGAAGCAUAUGGUGAAUUGGUUAUCAACAUCAAGUAACACCGUACAACUUUUUUUGAAACUGUAUCAUUCAAUUAUAUAUUUCUAUAGCUUCAAUUUUUUAUUGCACCUCGAUUCAAAUCACCGAGGCCUAUUUUUUGGCCAAUUAUUGGGAUAUACAUGAGAUGAGUUAUGGAAAAUUGGUUUUAGAGUUCCCUACUGGCAGAGGCCUAUUUUCUACAUGCUGGAAAUAAAAAGAUCGUGAGUGCGAAAAGUAAGCUUUCAUGCCAGGCAAGCAAUUUUUGUUGCUAUUUUUUAAAUGGCCGUCAACUGCUCACGUCACGCACCACUGUAUUUUUUCUUUUAGUUUGUGUGCUGCGUGACGGCAUUGCAAAACGGUUCCAAAGAAGUCUUUCGCAAGUUCCUCCGCACAGAUGAGAUGUAUGAGUUUGAAAAUUCUCAAAACCUGUUACAAAUUAUAUUUUAGCAAUCAGUUUGUUGUUAUAUUCUCUUGUACCUUGAAAAAAGUUUUGAAACGCGAACAGUUGCUACGUUGUGUCGAUUGCGUUACAUUUCUGUUCCACUUGUCAAAAUUGACUGUUGCCAUGACAACUACAAUUAACAAGAUGUAGCGAGUUGCUCUCUUGGUCAACAGGAAUAUGAAGCCUCUUGGUUGGGAUGCCGGCUGUAAAUGAGAGCUAUCAUAUGCGCUCUUUUACGAUGGAGAACCAUUUUCAUGACGACAGUAUUAAUCUGAGUGGUUUUUCUCAGUCUGUUGUGAAAUUAAGUUACCUAAACAACAGCGAGAUCGAUUUUAAUAAUUCAGAUAGCCAUCGGUCGCUCCAUUUACCACCGAUUGUAAAUCCUCCAGUUAUUCCUCCAGUUAUUCCUGUAAAAUCCGAAAUAUCCAUCGUCUGUAUGAAGUGCGAAGAAGAAAUUAAAGUCCGCCAACUAAAAGAACAUCAAGAAUUUCACAACGCUUUGGAAAUGUUCCGAUUCAACAUGGAACGAAAACCUUCGAGUGUCAAACAAUUAGUCAAACGACGGCGAGCAAUUAUGCGUCGACUCAACGAGACAGCUAACUCUGAAAAUCCAGUUUCCAUGAGGAAACUCCAGAAAUUGAACCAGGCUUAUGAGCUCCUCAAGGCUGAUAUCGAAGGAACAAAAACAGCUCUUCGAAACGAGGACGAUCUUUUCCAAAUCCAGCCUAGAACUGAAGGUUGGGGAACAGUCCUCAACUGUGCGCUAGCGUUCGGCAUUUGUCAACAUGCGAAUUCGCGAUGGAAAACGUCGAUGGAAGAUCGUUUCGCGUUUAAGGAUCUUUUCUGUAACGAUCCUCAGAGCGGGUUCUUUGCUGUUUAUGAUGGUUAUUCGGGAAGUAUGGCUGCUGAAAAAUGCGCGCGUUAUUUGGGUGAAAUCCUUGAGGAGAAGGUCGAAAGAAUUUACAACACAAGCAUGAAACACAAAAACGUCGACGCGGAAAUCUCGGCCGCUUUUAACGAUGCAUACGAGGAGAUGGACAAAAUUUUGCUAUACGGUGUAGAAGAACAAUCAAGAAAUCGCUGGAGUGGUUGUUCUGCUCUGACUUGCUUGCUGAGGGGAAAUAAUUUGUAUGUGGCCAAUGCCGGGAACAUCCGAGCGGUUUUGUGCAGGGGGGAUGGCUCGAUAGAACGCUUAUCCAACGAUCACAGUCCCUGGGAUAAAAAAGAGCGUCAUCGCAUAAGGAAAGCUAAAGGAGACGUAACUAAAAGCGAUAAAACAGCCUUGGUUAAUGGUGUGGUUAGAAGCACCCGAGGUCUCGGAAAUCAUGGAGAUCCCAUUCUGAAAACUAGCGUGAUUAGAACACCAGUGGUCAAUUGCCUUACUUUGGAGGACACCGACCAGUUUCUUAUUCUUGCGUCAGAUGGGGUUUGGCAAGUUUUCAGUGAGGAAGAGGUCAUUCUUCUUAUGGAGGAUCUUAUACCAGAUAUUGAUGUAAGGGCCAUUGUAAAGAGAAUGCAAGAGAGAGCUUCUGCACUUGAGGUGGGACUGCCUGUCCCAAAGUGGAAUGAAAUUCCCAGACGUAACAAGGGUGCAGCAGAUACUGAGGGAGACAGUGACAUGUCACUGAUACAGACUACUGAUCAAAGUUCACUAGAAAACAUAGCAAGUGACGAAGAAAAUGAUAAUUCCAUAGAGAGAUUCCAAAAAAUGGACAUAGAAAUGGAUGAAAAUAAAAAUGCGACAAAUUCUACUGAGUUACUGCCUUCCCCCUCUGCCAGAUCACGAACUGCAAAGGUCUUGCGAGAAGAAAAGGCUUCGGCGCUUGCCAAGGCCCUGAGUGAACGGCUGGUGGAAGGUUCUAUCCUGGCUGGUAGCCAUGACAAUAUCACUGUUGCAGUUGUUCUUUUGAGUGGAUGUCCGCUUCAGAUGUUUCUUUUGCCAUCACUGUGA